AUGGCUGCCAACAAUUAUUUGAAUGAUUGGAGUGUUUAUCGUGUAGCCCCUAAAAGGGAGGUUUUGGCGGCUAAGGCCAACUUUCCUGGGCAAACUGAACCAAAACCUAAGGGGCAUAUCCAUGCCAUCUCAUUGAGGGGCGAUAAUGAAUUGCACGAGCCUACAAAGAAGGUAACUGAGCAAAAGAAAAGUUCAGAGCAAGUUAUAGGGUUGAGUGAAGAAGAAGGGGAGAUGGUUUUUGAAGAUGAAGUUAAGAAGACUCAUAAAUUGGAACCCACUGUCAUUCCUAUUGAGCCAUACAAGCCACCUACUCAAAGAUUGGCGCAGGCGAAACUUGAAAAAAAGUAUGGGAAGUUCCUUGAUUUCUUGAAAACGCUGCACAUCAACAUUCCUUUCUCGGAUGUUAUUUCUGAGAUGCCUUCUUAUGAUGAAUUUUUGAAAGACAUGCUCUUUAACGAAAUAAAAAUUGAAGAGAAUAAACUCAACAUGGAUGAACUAAAACCCACACACAUCUCUCUCCAACCAGGUGACAGAACAAUAAAGUUUCCACUUGUUAGCCUUGAAGAUGUUCCUCUUUUAGUAGGUAAAUUCUUUAUUCCAUGUAACUUUGCUGUUAUGGAGAUGGAAGAAGAUGCACAUGUUCCAGUCAUCCUUUAA